UACUGGAUUUUUCAGUUGCUUGUCCUGGGUGACCACAACAAAAGGAUCACUCAAGCAUGAACAAGCUUUAAAAGAGACUGCGUGUUCAUACAGGGAGAGAAAGCCUCUCAUCAUCACGGAUAUUCCUACCACUGCUGUCGGCUUUUUUCUAUAACCAUGUGGCUUUAUAACGUUUUGUUGAAUUUGGACCUAAAGGCGCUUCUCUUGUUUAUUUUUUUGUUCCUUCUGAUUGCCGACUUCCUCAAAAAUAGGAAACCACCAAACUUCCCUCCAGGACCACGAGCUCUCCCAUUCUUUGGAAAUAUCUUGAGUAUAGAUGGGAAACAGCCACACAUUUAUUUCAGCAAGCUGGCUGACAUGUAUGGGAAUGUCUUCAGUUUCCGCUUUGGCGGUACUGCAACAGUGUUUGUGUCAGGGUACAAAAUGGUUAAGGAAGCCAUCGUGACACAAGCUGAGAACUUUGUGGAUCGACCAUAUAGUGCCUUAGCUGACAGAGUUUACUCUGGAGCAUCUGAUGGUCUGUUUAUGAGCAACGGUGAAACAUGGAAGAAACAACGACGGUUUGCUUUGUCUACCCUACGCACCUUCGGUCUGGGAAAAAACACCAUGGAACAGUGUAUUUGUGAGGAGAUCCGAUACCUGCAGGAGGAGAUAGAGACUGACAAAGGUGCACCUUUCAGUCCUGCAGGAUUGUUCAACAAUGCUGUGUCCAACAUUAUCUGCCAGCUGGUGAUGGGGAGAAGAUAUGACUAUAAUGACCACAACUUUCAGAUGAUGCUGAAAUAUCUGUCUGAGGCUUUUCAGCUGGAGGGGACGAUAUGGGCCGAACUUUAUGAGGCUUUCCCUGGAAUAAUGAAGCGCCUGCCAGGUCCCCACAACAAAUUAUUCAGCCAUUAUGAAUUCAUGUUAGACUUCAUUGGUCAGGAAGUAAAGAGGCACAAGAAGGACUUGGACUGCAGCAAUCCUCGAGAUUACAUCGACACUUUCCUCAUUGAACUGGAGAAACACAAAGAGGGUGAACUGGGUUUCACUGAGGCCAAUCUGGUUCUCUGCUCUCUGGAUCUCUUCCUGGCUGGAACAGAAACUACAUCCACCACUCUGCAGUGGGCUUUGAUUUACCUAAUCAAAAACCCUCAAAUCCAAGAGAAGGUCCAAGCUGAAAUCGAUUGUGUGAUUGGACAGACCCGCCAGCCCUCCAUGGCCGACAGACCAAACCUGCCUUACACUGAUGCUGUCAUUCAUGAGAUCCAGAGGAUGGGAAAUAUCGUUCCUCUCAACGGACCCCGAGUAGCUGCCAAGGAUACAACCCUGGGAGGUUACUUUAUUCCCAAGGGAACAUCCUUGAUGCCCAUGCUGACCUCUGUACUGUUUGACAAGUCUGAAUGGGAGACUCCAGACACCUUCAAUCCUGGACACUUUCUAAAUGCUGACGGACAGUUUGUGAAGAAAGAAGCUUUCCUGCCCUUCUCUGCAGGCAAACGUGUGUGCCUCGGAGAAGGCCUGGCCAGGAUGGAGCUGUUCCUGUUUUUGGUGGGUUUGCUGCAGAAGUUCUCCUUCUCUGUUCCUGCAGGCGUGGAGCUCAGUACCGAAGGAAUCUAUGGAACUACACGAGUUCCUUUUCCCUUCAAAGUUUAUGCUAAGGCUCGUUGACCUAAAAAGAUAUUUUCACAAAAAUCACAGAUCCAGAUCCAGAUCUAUAAAUUAGGAAUAGCUAACUAAACAGACAUUAUGAUGCUCUACAAACCCAAGAAGAAAGGUGUUGUGAUAAAUGUAGCAACCAUAAGACACAGCAAUAUCAAAGAGAAGGAGCACGAUAAGUUGGGGGAAAUACCAGAGGUUGCAGGAAGAAACAGAGAAGGGAACAGUGGUGGCACCACUGGGGUAACGAGGGUACUCAGCGCUCUGACCUCCAAGCUGGGUGAGUGGCUCUAGCAGACCCCAGGAACAACAUCAGAGAUCUCUGUCCAGAAGAGGAAUGCAGUUCUAGGAGCAUCAUCAGUUAAUUUUUUAUGUUGCUUGAUACAUAUCUAUCAAAGAUCUGGGCGAAGGUUCACGGACUUACCGCACACACACACCCACUGAUAAGCCACACAUCUUCAACGCCUUCUCUGGCUCCCUUCUUAUCAGCCCCCCUGACACGGACGUCGGGUUUGAGCGCCAGCUGCGCGGCCCUCACUUGGAUGAACUGUUGAACUCUGUUGAGCUGUGUGCUGCUGAGGUGGUUUUUUUGCACCUUAAUACUGUGUAUAUACUCAGUGUGAAGAUGUAUUUUUUUUCUCCUCUCCCCCCCUAUCCCAGUGUUACCUUUUGGAAAACAGGCGCACAAUACCAUUGUGUCGCCGCCGGUGUAUCCGAAGUCAAAAACAGUUUUCUAAGCUGACCUAAUAAACUUGAUUCUGAUUCUGA